UUGGGUCGCACCUUCACACAGUACAGCAGAUUCUUUCCUAGCCUUCACUUCAAGCAAAGGCUACAGAUUAUGCUUUGUUGAUUUGUGCCGAGCUUGGCUCAGCUCGUUCCAGAGAAAGAGAGAGAUAGCUCUCGAGUUGUCAAUUUCAUUCCAUAUUUCUCGAGUUUGUCCGCCCUCGCUCAUUGCAUCUGAUCGAUGUCUGCGGACCUGAAUGACGAAUAAUUAGAACAAUCUGAGGACUGCAUUCGCUCACUCACUACAUUUAUCAGCUCCGAACGGAAUGUAGCUGUCACUCGAGUAGUCAGUGAAGUAAGCGGAGCCAGUCCAGUCCAUUCAAGCAUCUAGCAUCUAGCAUCAAGCAGCUCGAGUAAAUUAAAUGGGGCGUCCGACCUUUCAGCUCGUGUAUCUUCUUGCACUGGUGUAUCUCGGCUCAGGUCCACAGCUGUCUUACGCAAGGACGAUCACAGUGGUGAACAAUUGCGAGUUCACGGUGUGGCCGGGCACUCUGUCGAAUGCCAACCUGCCGAGUCUGGAGAGGGGAGGCUUCGAGUUAGCUCCCGGAGCGAUGAAAGAGGUGACGGCACCCGUGGGAUGGGCAGGAAGAUUCUGGGGAAGGGCAGGCUGCAAGUUCAAUGCAUUGAAUGAAGGGACUUGCGAAUCUGGAGACUGUGCGAAAGGUUUAUUCUGCGACGGAGCCGGUGGCAUUCCUCCAGCCACAUUGGCCGAAUUUACCCUGGACGGCUUUGGCUCGCAAGAUUUCUACGACGUGAGCUUGGUCGACGGCUACAACCUUCCCCUGUCGAUUGUCCAGACGGGCGGCACAGGGACGUGUGGAAGUCCCGGAUGCACCUCCGACCUGAAUCAGAAUUGCCCGACGCAGCUGCAAGUUGUGGUCAAUGGCUCGGUGGCGUCAUGCAAGAGCGCGUGCGAGGCAUUCCAAACCGACAACUAUUGCUGCAGUGGUGCUUUCAACAGCCCGGCAGUGUGCCUGCCCACCGAGUAUAGCAAGACAUUCAAGGAGGCAUGUCCUACGGCCUACAGCUAUGCCUACGACGAUGUCUCCAGCACCUUCACUUGCACCAAUGGAGCGUAUGCGAUCACCUUCUGCCCGAGUGGAACGAGCACUAGAGGAGGAAUUAUAAGCAGCCCGGCCCCCAGCGCAAGCACUGUACCGCCUCCCGUGCCAGGAGCAGACGCGCCGCCGCCUCCUUCAAUUUUUGCGAUUCCGCCUACGACGGCACUUUCUCCAUCGAGCCUGGCGUAUCCUCCACCUCCUCCUCUGACAGGCUCGUUCACUCCACCUGAUACUACCUCGCAGUUCAACACUCCCCCAAGCGCAAGCUCGGCCGCCAUAGCAGAGAUCAGCCUGUGGAACUUCUACCUCAUCACAGCCCUGGCGAUCAUUUGCACGGGCGCUGUGACUGCCUGAUCCGGGCCCCAACGAUGGAAAUAUCGCUCGCUCUGUGGUUGUACGUACGCGCAUCGAUCGAGCUUGCUCAUGGACAAUUGUUGCAAUCAAUCCACGUCUCGUGGAUAAUUGUGCUGGUUGCUUGAUACUUCUAUAAGACUAGCAGAGGGUACUCUAUAGAGUGAGAUAACCAUAAUGGUUUUCUGAAGAAGACCAUUCGCACCUGCAGAUUUCCGACGGGUUAACAAUCACCGAAAUUCCACUCAAAUUUCUACCUAUUGACUGACAGACUGACUGAUAGCAUUAGAUUCUGGACAGAAAAGCGUGUACGAAGUGAAGUGAUGUCUGUCCGGGCCUUUCAUUCUUCUUUUGAUGGGAUAACAUGUGGCGAAACACAUCGUUGGCACUUUUGUUGUUCACAUCUCGAGUCGACUCUGGUCAAGCAGGAUAUGGGUCUUGAACUCCUAGGACAUCUGUGGAUUCUGGUUGCACAUCAAAUCGCGAUUUGUUGCUAGACCAUGUGCAAAUUGUAACCAGAACCCCCACAUUCUGAAUUUUCGAAUACAUCUUCCUGACGUCCGGACUCUUGCAACUCUUUGCCAACCCUA